AUGGCAGAGGGAUCAGGGGCCAAGAAGCCCUCCCUGCCGGCCAAGGCGGCCGGCUGGGCCCAAGCCCUUUGCCGUGGCCUGGUGUGUUUUUGGAGCAACCAGUAUGCCUGGCUGCUGGGGGUGCCCUGUCUCCGGCGAGCUUACCACCUCUGGUUGGCAGCCGUGGUCAUUUUUGGGCCGUUGCUGCAGUUCUACGUGAACCCCCGAGCCAUCUUUGCCAACCACCAUAACUUCUUCAACAUGUGAGUGAUCGCGGGGUCUCUUAAAACAUGUUUGUGGUUGCAUGCCUGGGGGAGGCGGGCGGGAGAGUGGCUUGGCAGAAAACAAGGCUUUGUAUAGCAGCGAUAAAUCCCUGGUUCAUCCACACCGAAUAUCCUGGGGUCAACUGAUGCCAUCCGAUCUCUGACUGCCAAAUGCAGCCGUUGACUUGAGUUGCGGGGAAUCUCUUCCCAAGGGCAGAAUACUAUCAUACCGGGCGCUAUUAUCCCCAGUGCUUUUGAGUGCCAAAUGAAAAAUCAGUUGUGCGUUCAGAGCUCAGCAUAGCAAAGUUUCCGCAACUGUUAGUUUGGGUAUAUUGGAAUGGCUGAUAGGUCCCAGACAUCUCUAAAAAGAUUCAUAUUCCACUAUUCAUAUUUAAUGACUUUUGUUCAAGUUUUCACGAUACAGUAUUAUCUGGAACAGAUACAAUAAAAAAGACAGAGGAUAGAGAGAAAGGGAACAAGAAAAGGAGACAGAAAAAGAACAGAGAGAGAAACAUUAAAUAUAAAGGGGACAAACUUCUGAUUUUCCGUCAUUAGAAAAUGAUUAUUUAAGACAUUCAGUCUCCAUCGUCUCUGCUUUCUGCUAAGCCAAAUUUCUUUUUAGCCAAAAUGUCACAGUGCCCUUCAUUUCUUCAUCCCACGAGCAGCCCAAGAGGGAAUCCCUAAUUGUUACUAUCGGUUAAUAGCUUUACCUCCGUUAGUUCCCACUGCCAUUCCUCCGUAUUGGGAAAUGGCAUUUUCCCAUCCAUGUUCAUGUUAACCUUUCUCCCCUGUGGUCAUGUAUUGGAAAAAUAUUCUGUAUUCCCCACCCCCCUGUUCACUUUCCCCAGGCAGGUUAUGCUUUGUACGCAGGAUAUGUGAUGUAUUUGGGGUCUUGCCCAUCCGUUUGCUUGGCGGCCCCAUUUUUGGGGGCCAGUUCUCCUGCCGCCCUCCAUGGCUCGCGGUUUGGGGUUCCUCUCUUUGAGGUGCUUCGUCUUCUGCUCCUCUGCUCUCCCCAAUUUGGGCUAAAUCCAGCAUUGGGGCAGCGGACCGCCUUCCUGCCCCACCCUGCUAACUUUCCUCCGUUCUUGUUCCCUCGCAGAAAGUUUGUCCGGUCGGCCUGGGGCUGGACGUGCAUUUUCCUGGGCGGCUUCAUCCUUUCGGUGGUUUACCUGGCGACCCACCGGGUUCUGCUCACCUUGAGGCACCUCAGCCGCUUGGGCGUGGGGGCCGGGCUCUGGCUGGGGGCCACAGAGACCUUCCUCCUCAUCGAAAACCUCACCGGCUACUGUUUUGACCCCGUGCCCGAGGGCAUCCUGGUGAACAACCUCCCGGACAAGUGGACGUGUUUGCACGAGGGCCACACGUGGCACGGCUACGACGUCUCGGGCCACACUUUCCUGCUGACCUUCUGCUGCCUCCUGAUGGUAGAGGAGACCUCCGUCUUCCGCCGCUACCUGGCCCAGGGCCACCCGGCCGGUGUCCCCCUACGCCUCAUCUUCCUCCUCAACGUCUUCCUCCUCGCCCUGUGGAACUUCCUCCUGGCCUGCACGGUAGUCUACCUCUACGACUACAGCCACAAGGUGGUGGGCGCCGCCAUCGCCACCCUCUGCUGGUUCCUCACCUAUCGCGGCUGGUACCGGUGGCGCUGGUCUCCCGGCCGGCCGGGAACGGGCCUCUUUGUCAAGGGGAGCCCCGGGGAGGCCAAGAAACGGAACUGA